GAGAAAAUGCAGUCUCCAACAAGAACCGAGUUAUUGGGAAAACUAACAGGGCCAACACACGGUGCUAAAGCUUUCAAAGAAAAAUUUGUUGAAAUUUACGAAAAUUUCUUCAAGGGAAAUGAUCCAUCAGCUGGUCGACCUCAUUUUUGGAGCGAGUUAUUUCUUCUUAAAGUUAAUGCGGCGUAUUUAACAAGAUGCCUUUCCGAAAUCUCCCAAGAUCAAUUAUUAGCAAUCAAAGCAU